AUGUCCUGCUGCAAUACCUGCUCCACCAGCUUCUGUGGCUUCCCCAGCUGCUCUCUUGAGGGGAACUGUGGAUCUAGCUGUGGGUCCAGUUGCUGCCAACAGGGAGGCUAUGGUUUCGGCUCUGAACUGGGCUGUGGGCUUGGCUCUGGGUUUGGCUCUGGAGUAGGCUGUGUGCCCACCUGUGAGACCACCUGCAGAACCAGGUGCUACGUACCCCAGUGCUGUGGAGGGGAGAGCUGCCGCACCAGGUGGUGCCGCCCAGACUGCAGGGUUGAGGGCACUUGCCUGCCACCUUGCUGUGUGGUCAGCUGCACUCCCCCAUCCUGCUGCCAGCUGCACCAUGCCCAGGCUUCUUGCUGCCGCCCAUCCUACUGUGGCCAGUCUUGCUGCCGUCCAGCCUGCUGCUGCUACUGCUGUGAGCCCACCUGCUGA